UUUUAUUUUGGCAGGUUGCCCUGUUGCUGUAUGUCGGUGAAAGAUGAAGAGUUCAGGAUGGAGCAGUUUCUAAAGGGAGAAAAAAUCUGACUUUCAUCUCCUCCACAACAUCUCCACUACAUGCUGUUAUUAAUCACAGCACUUUCUCUUUUAGUUCUUGAUCAUUAAAUUGAACUGGACGGAGUGCGAUUAAAAUAAUUCCGUUUCCAACUCGUCAAAGAGUCGGUUCAAAGAGUCGGUUCAAAGUGUCGGUUCAAAGACUCAAGUCAGUUUUCCAAAAGUGAAAGUGUUUCUUACCCUCGACUACAUUUUGAGGAGAAAAACACAAAGAUCUUCAACAGCAGGCAGAAGCGGUGAGAUUUAUGUUCAACAACAAGCAGUGCAGAAGAAAAGAGAACUGCUGGAUUCUUUAUGGAAAUACAUGGAUGUGAUUAUUGAAUGUGAUCGAUUCCAGCAGAAGAGAUCAACGUCUUCAGGAGCAUUGAAAAAUGGAGAUCCCUGAUCAGGGGACAAAUCAUGUGACCUCACCCUCAAAAGACUGGUCUGGAGAUUUACCAGGUACAUCAUCAGAGCAUUUUGAGAGGACAACUGAGAAACUUGUACAGAUUAGAUCAACAUCUACACAAAGCCCUAACCCUGUACAGGGGCACUCAGGGGAAACAGACGUGUUUACUCCUGAAUUAGGUAAAGACCACCAUGAGGACUGGAACAGUGGAUACAGGUUUCAUUGUUCUGGUGCUGGGCAGUUUCAGUGUAAAUACACCAACCUUGUGUUUGAGAUGAAGGAGAAAGCUGAAGUGUUGUACAGUAUAGUGUCCUGGGGCAGUGUUCAGUUAGACGGCAUGGGACAGAUGCAGCCUGCAGGACCCCUGUACAACAUCCACUGCUCCGAGGGGUCAAUGUGUAAACUGCACCUCCCUCACUGUGAGAUAAAUUCUGGUAAAAAUCAGACUGAACUGGCUGUGGCACAUUUCUCUGAUGGGAAUGUGGAGAUCAUUCAGCCUCUGAAAGUAACAGAGACACGUGUGAUCAUAGACAUAAAAAAUCUCUCUCUCUACGGACUCCUAAUAAAAAUAUUUUUUGAGGACAAACCGAUCAAGGCGCAGGUCCUUCUCUUCUACAAAGAAAUCCCUGGAAGGACAAAGAAGAGAAAGCUGCACAUGCACUUAUUACCCCAUAAUGUUCCAGUUAUAGAGGUGCAGAAUCAAUUUCAGCACAACAUGUACAUUGAGAGCAGUUCCACUUGUCAGCUGGUCCCUAGAAAACCAUACAGGCCACGCUGUGAUCAUUAUAAAUGUCAGCCGCAGACUGAGAUAUUUGAGCUUGACUCUGCCCCCAACUAUCACCCCACAUUUGAGGUGAUACUUUCUGAUGAAGCUGAAGAACUCACACUGGGACUUUUGGAUGAACAUGACCAGGAGGUGUGGGCGUCUCGCCAGGUCUUUCUUACAGGUUACACGAGCCAAGAAGCCAAUUCACCCCAAAUGGUGAAAACAGCUGCUGACUUUGUGGAUAAAUAAAAACACAAUUUAAUACAGAAAGUUUCUUCAAUAAUGGAGAUUGCAGAUGGUCUCCUAUCCAAGAAAAUGAUUAAUGGUGAAAUAUACAGUACAAUCAGUGCAGCAGCUACAUCACAUGAGAAAAUGAGAAUCUUGUACACCAACUGCCUCACCAUCAGAGCUGUGAAAGAAGAAUUUUAUACAAUUCUAAAGAAGAAAAUUCCUCACUUAGUAGAUGAGCUGGAGAAUGGGUCAAGCAAUGCUUAGAGGAACCUCAAAGAGAAAGUGGUAGCUCAGAUGUUAAGGUUCUAGCUCACCCAGUAUCACCAAGUUGCCACUUUUGGGGCAUUAAACAUCUGUGCUCCAGUGGCGCUGUCUCAUGGCUUUUCAACAUCACUGGGAUAUGCGAAGAAAGAAUUUACAUGUGCUGUAAUGUACAGGUAACUAAUAAAAAAUCUCUUCUAAAGAAAAGAUUUUAAACAAAUGACCUCAGAAAUUUAUAGUGUAUUUAUAGUAUAGUGUUAAUUCAUGGCUGUUUUUUAAUCUGACUCAUACAAGACAUCAUAUUUUUUAAACAAAUUUAGAACACUGUGAAUUGAACAUACAUGUACUAAAGAUGAAUAAAUGAAUGCUUUAAAUGCAUUACUCAGUGCUCCAAACAUAUAAAGUUCAUUCAUUGCUUCAUCCUUUAUAAGUGAUUUAUCUUUAUAAUGGUCACAGUGAAUCCAGAAACUGUUCAUGGUCAAAUCUGUGAAUGUGAACUUUACUGGUCCUGUGAGGUUCAUAACAUUAAUAUCUGCAUCUGUUUUUCCUCCUGAAUGUACAAAGCACAUCCAGUGAGUGGAGGAUUUACAGACUGAAACAUCUGACAGGAAGUUUAUACUGUAGUAACUCAUAUAUUCACUCUUUACAACUAUGCUGAGCAGAAGGUGGAUUACAAAAAAAUCUGGUCUGAUCUUCAUCACUUCAGAUAUGA